CAUAAAACACGUUGUUCUUUUAUAUAUAUAGAUUAUCGUUUCUGUCAGUUUAAUUAAUCUGUAACUUUAAUUAAAGCAUACUUUCGGGCCAUUCCCACAAUACGAUUCGUUUUCACGAAACAUUUAGGAGAAAUGCUUUCCCAGAAUAUCAGCCACUAAGAGAUCCUAGUCAGGCAGAGUAGGUUAGAGUACUUUGAUGACCUCCUGACCUCCUGCUGUCAGCAAGGCCUGGUGAAUUAUGGCAAACAUGUGCACAAAUCUAUCAGUGAAAUAUCAACUUUGAAACAAUCCGAAGAGUUCGUCUGGCGAAAGUCGAGCUCGCAAAUGUGAUUUAUUGAUAAUCACUUUUGCCCAGUAGUAAACACGGCGGACCUCCCCUAAAAUGCACUUGAUUUUCUACUGAGCAGUCACUGUCGAUUAAAUUGGCCAUAGGCAGGGUCCACUGUGUGUGGAAAACGGAUUGAUCAUCGUUGUUUGUCUCAUUGCGUCUGGACGCCUUGUCCUUGCGACCUUUCGACUCCUACGUUUAACCUCUUGGUUAAUUAUAGAAUGAAUUCUGGCAUUUUCUAAUUAGCUUAUCAUUGUUUGUUAAUGAGAUGGAUCUGCUUGAUAUGGAGUGACCUAGAACUUUCUGGCUCGCGUCAAGAUUUGCGAGCCAGAAAUGUCAUUUCCAUAAAAAAGGCAAUUGCAUUGCAUGGCCAAUUUCCGUUUAUUUUUAUAGGCUGACACCCUCGCCUCGGCACGUUCUGACUUAAUUGAUGACACCAGCAUCCCAGGGAAUAUAAAUAUUAUGAAACUUUUCCAUUGCCGCCCCAAUACCCUCGAGUGCCGAACCGCUCCCCUAAUGAACGAUAAGGUUUAUUGACAGCCAACCGUUACAAACUGACCCCUGGUGUUCGUCACCGGAGGCGAUACUGCGUCUUGGGAGGAACCAUAGAACAAGCCCCUCCGGCCCAGAUCUGCCCAACUUUGUAUAUAGAAUAUAUAGCCGAGAGCGAUCAGUCCGCCCCUUCGUGGGCAGUGUGAAAUCUCAAGUUGUAGUUCGCACUUGCGGCGUGUGUGAGUCCGGAUUCGAUUUGAUGUGGAUCGGAUCGUAUGGGAUCGACGUCAUGAGACGACUGAUAACUUUUCUUUAGGCAAUCCCUUGAUGGCACAUUAAUUUUCAGCUUGAUGACUGUGUACCCAGAUUGCCAGGUCUUUGUUGCUACAUUUAGAGCUUUGGAUGGGAGCUGGGCCUGGAGCUCUGGUUUUGUGGCUUUCCUGGCGGUUGUUCAAGGUUACUACCAGAGCUAUCGGAGCAGGAAUUUUUUAGGGGCUUGAGGCGUGACAUUUGAGCCAAAGCCCAGCCACUCGCCAGCCUCAUGAUAACUUUCUCUAAGAUGGACGGAUUGCAGCUGAACUAAAGUACUUGUAAAGUCGUAAAAACGCAAGAAUCUUAUGCCUUCUAGAAUUCUGCAAUCGAAGGCCUUGACAAUAAAACCAUUAACGACCUAAGCGAUCGUCAAGUCUCGUAUUCCAAAGCCGUGGCCUUGCACUUGAUCCAGAUAUACUCAUAAUACAAUAAAACAAAAAUGAACUACAACAUUAUCAGUCAAGUGCAGCUUCCAGUUUUAUGGACUUGUGCAGCAGCUCCUGAUAUCAGCGACGGGCGUUAUGUAGGCGACCAAGACUUCUGAUAAAAACAAAUUUUAAUACUUUUAGGAACGGCAUGGACUCUUAUAAGUAUAAUAUAAAUUACAGCAUUUCGUAUUGAUAAUGAUGGGAAGCCCGGGGGAAGCUGCAAAAGCCACUCUCGUGUUUUGAAAAUAACAAAUGUACUAUAAAUCAUAUUUUGAGUAUAUUUAGAAGAGGAGAAACAUCUACUAUAUACGAUGCGAUGUGAUUGUGAAUUCCAUUGAGUUUCCGAGGGCCCAGCGACUAUAAAAGUGAGCGGCCAGGCCGAGAACAAUUUCAAACGCGAGUUAGUCGCUCAAGUGCCCGGUACUAUUUGAAAAACUACUUCCAGACCAAUAAUCAUAUCCCUUUAAAAUGAGAAUCCUUGCAGAGAACCAUGUCAAUUUGCUGGAUCCCUCGGAGCUGAUGCGCCCUGAGCCCACGUUCGCCGACAAAAAUCCCUCCAAAUUCAGGGAUUACAGCAUUGACACCACAGAUCCUUUGAAGGAGCGCGUACGACAGACCUAUCGCCAGAUGCACUUGAACCAGACAGUGGACUUUGUCAAGGGACGCCGUGACCAUUGGUUGAAGUUCGACACAAUUAAGAUGACAAUUCGCGAAGCCUUGGAGAAGCUCAACGACCUGGUGGACGAGUCCGAUCCUGACCUGGAUCUGCCCAACAUCAUCCACGCCUUCCAGGCAGCUGAGCGAGCACGCGCCGAGUUCCCGGAACACGACUGGCUCCACCUGACCGCCCUCAUCCACGAUCUGGGCAAGAUUAUGGCCUUCUACGAUGAGCCCCAGUGGGCGGUGGUGGGCGAUACCUUCGCCGUGGGCUGCCGGUGGGGCGAUAGCAUCGUUUACCGGGAGGAGAGUUUCGAGGGCAACCCGGAUGGGGACAACCCCGCUUACAACACCGAGUACGGCAUCUACCAGCCCAACUGUGGAGUGGACAACCUGCUGAUGUCCUGGGGCCACGACGAGUACAUGUACAACGUCCUCAAGCACAACAAGACCAAGUUGCCGGACGUGGCCUGCAACAUCAUCCGCUUCCACUCCUUCUAUCCGUGGCACAACGGCGGCGACUACAAGCACCUGGAGGCGCCCAAGGAUGCUGAGACCAAGAAGUGGGUCCUAAUUUUCAAUCGCUAUGACUUGUACACGAAGAGCGAGGUGGUGCCGGAUAUUGAGGCUCUGUGGCCCUAUUACCAGAGUCUGAUUGACAAAUACUUGCCCGGAGUCAUAGAGUUCUAAGGAAACAAAGACUAUCUAGAGGUUACAUUUAUUCUUCAGAAUGCCAUAUACCUUAAAUAUAUACCUUUAAUAUAGCUUACUUCAUAUAUACACUUGUAAAAAAAUAUUAAAAUAAUAUACAAAAUCAAACAUCA